AUGGGGAAGCUGACCACUCUUAUGCUUGUCAUAUUUCUUGUGAUGCUUUCUGCACUCUUCUGCAGUUUGACAGAAACAAGCUGCUUUUGGAGAAUAAAGAAAAACACAGACAAUGAUGGAGAUAUGUGGAAGGAUUGUAAUUUUGAAAUUGUGAUAUCAUGGAAGCCUAGGAGAGAAAAAGAUUUAAGAAGAAAGCUUUCCUGCAUUUGGGAGAAAGAUGUGGAAAAUAUUUUCUAUGACAUUGCAUUUGAUUUCAGUUUGCCAGUCAAAAAAUAUCAAUAUAUUCUGACACUGAUUUUUGCCACUGAAGAGAUCAACAGGAAUCCCAAUCUUUUACCCAACAUGUCUGUGGGAUUUGAAUUCCUUGAGUCCAAGUGUGAUGACUCACUUAAAAUUCUCCCUUAUCUAAAUAGGAUAGCAAAAAUACAUUACUGGGUUCCUAAUUACCGGUGUAGACAACAUUCAUGUUAUGUACGUCUUACUGGACCAACAUGGGCAGCAAGUAUCAAGUUUGGGACAUUUCUGAAGCUCUUUGGCUUUGGACAGAUUCACUAUGGCCCAUUUCAUCCUAUUCUGAGUGACCAUUAUCAGUAUCCUCAUCUGUAUCAGAUUGCCCCCAAGGACAGAACACUGGCUUUUGCCAUAGUCUCCUUACUGCUUCAUUUCAACUGGACCUGGGUGGGGCUUAUCAUCUCUGAUGAUUUCCAAGGUAUUCAAUUUCUCUCAGACUUGAGAGAAAAGAUGCAAGGAAGUGAAGUCUGUUUAGCCUUUGUGAAUGAAAUUCCAUUAAACAUGGAGUUAUACAAUACAAGGGCUGAGACAUAUUAUAACCAAAUUGUGACGUCAUUGGCAAAUGUUGUGAUGAUUUAUGGUGAAAUGAAUUCCACAGUAGAAGUGAGCUUCAGAAGGUGGGCCUAUUUAGGCAUCCAGAGGGUCUGGGUCACUACUUCACAGUGGGAUGUUGUCACCAAACAUACAAGCAGAGACAUUAGUUUUGACUCAUUUCAUGGGACUUUCAUUUUUUCUAACCACCAUCAGGAGAUUCCCAAUUUCAAGAAAAAUAUUCAGACAAUGAACACUUCAAAAUAUCCAAUAGAUCUUUCUCUGUUGAAGUCAGAAUGGAUGCACUUUAAUUGUUCAAAUAUUGAAUCUAAAUGUAGAACACAGAAUAAGUCUUCACCCAACACCUCUUUAGAGUGGUAUGCAGGUCAAGGAUUUGACAUGGCCAUGAAUGAUGAGACUUAUAAUCUUUACAAUGCUGUGUAUGCUUUGGCAUAUGCCCACCAUAAUUUCUUUUUUCAACACGUAGAUAUGCAGGCAACAAAACCUCAACACCUAGUUGACUGCCCAAAGCUUUACAGCUCCCUGAAGACCUUGCAAUUUUUGAACCCUGUGGGAGACCUAGUGACUAUUAAUGAGAAAUCAAAAUUUGAUGCAGAGUAUGAUAUUCUCCACAUUUGGAAUUUUCCACAAGGUCUUGGAAUAAAGGUGAAAAUAGGGCAGUUUUCUCCACAUCUGCCCCUUGGUCAGCAAUUGUAUUUGUUUGAUGAGACACGAGAGUGGGCAACAGGGAGCAGGCAGAUCCCCUCCUCUGUGUGCAGUGAGAAUUGCAGGCCUGGAUCCAGGAAGUUCAGACAGGAGGGAAAGGCAGCCUGCUGUUUUGAUUGUUCUCCUUGCCCAGAAAAUGAAAUUUCUAACAAAACGGAUAUGGAUCAAUGUGUGAAGUGCCCAAUCAGCCAGUACGCCAAUAAACAGCAAACUCACUGUCUCGAAAAAACUGUGACAUUUCUGUCUUAUGAAGACCCCUUGGGGAUGGCUCUGGCUUGCUUGGCCCUGGGCUUCUCUGCACUCACUGCUCUUGUUCUUGGGGUUUUUGUGAAGCACCAAGACACACCGAUUGUGAAGGCCAAUAAUCGAACAAACAGCUACAUCCUGCUCAUCUCCCUCGAGUUUUGUUUUCUCUGUUCAUUGCUCUUCUUUGGUCAUACCAACACCGCCAAGUGCAUCCUGCAGCAGGUCACCUUUGCAGUUCUGUUCACUGUGGCUGUGUCCACUGUCUUGGCCAAAACAAUUACUGUGGUUCUGGCCUUCAAGGUCACUGCUCCAGGAAGAAAGAUGAGGGUGUUGCUGGUAUCAGGAGCACCUAACUUCAUCAUUCCCAUCUGUACUUUGAUCCAAUUUGUUCUCUGUGGAAUCUGGCUGGGAACAUCCCCUCCCUUUGUGGACACUGAUGCACACUCAGAACAUGGUCACAUCAUCAUUGUGUGCAAUAAAGGCUCAGUCACUGCCUUCUACUGUGUCCUGGGAUACCUCGGAUCUCUGGCUGUAGGGAGCUUCACUGUGGCUUUCCUGGCCAGAAACCUGCCUGACACAUUCAAUGAAGCCAAGUUCCUGACCUUCAGCAUGCUGGUGUUCUGCAGUGUGUGGCUCACCUUCCUCCCUGUCUACCAUAGCACCAAGGGGAAGGCCAUGGUGAUGGUGGAGGUCUUCUCUAUCUUGGUCUCUAGUGCAGGGGUGCUAGGUUGCAUCUUUUUUCACAAGUGCUACAUCAUUAUAUUAAGACUAAGUAGAAACUCUCUUCAGAGUCACAGAGCCAAAAUGCAUUAUGAAAGACACUCAAAAUUAGCUUAUACUGAAACAUUUUUAAAAAUAAUUUAUUUAGUUGUUCUUUUCAUUACUCCUGCCUUGCUCUGUGUCUUCCCAUUGUCUCCUUCCUCCAAUGUGUUCUUCCAUUGUGUCAUACCAGCUGUAGGAACUGGCAAUACCAUCUUACCCUUUUCUAACUUCCUUGACAAACCAGGAGACAGUAAAGAGGAUAUCACAGGCAUGAACUUUGGAGCUGUAGCUGCUCCCUUUAGUGGACAAGUUCUAUCAGUUCAGAAAGCUCAGUCUCAUCACCUGUAUUGUCACUCACUGCAAGAAAAACGCUUAACUAAAUAUUUUGCUCAUUAUCACAUCCUGUAA